AUGGCGAAAGCGUCGUUUUUGGGUGUGGUCAGUUUCGGACGUUUCGCCCCGGAUUGGGGUUCGGCAGCGUUAACACACACUAAUGAAAAAGUCAGAUUUGCCACUCUGAAGCUAAAAAACAAGGUUCCUGGAAUUUGCCUUCGGGGAUUGAAAUUACUACUUGAGUGCGAUGAAAGUGAGACAUCUGAAAUGUUGAAAGGCAUAUUGUGGUGCAGCUUUGUGAAACUCAGGUUGUACCUGAAGAAUGGAACCUCGGUCAAUAG